UUUUAUCUUAUGUUUUAUAUAAUCAUACAAACAUAAAUCUUCCUUAUUUGAUUCGUAAUCAUCUUCCUUAUAGGGAAUCAGAAAACAAACCUAGUGUUUGUGUCUUGUGAACUAGUAUUCCUCUUAAUAUCGUCAAUUUACAAUUUACAUCUCUCCUUGAUUUUGAUUUAUAAAUAAAUAUUUUAUUAAUUCUAAUGAAGUAUAAUACAUUUUUUAAGAGGAAUUGAUUGCCUAAUCUUCAGUAUUGAUAAUCUUAUGAGAAUGAAUGUGAUUAUUUUAUCAAAAAUUUUAGCCUUGGGUCAGUGAAAUCUAGAUAAGAAGUAUAGAAAAGAGUUGUGUUUCUAGUUUUAGUAGAGAUGUUGGAAGAAAAGUUAAGUUUAAAUCAUCAAAUUGAAACUUCACAACACCACUUAAAAGAUGGGAUAAUUGAUUUCACAUCAGGGUGUUUAGGAGGAAUUGCUCUUGUAUAUGUGGGUCAACCACUGGACACAGUAAAAGUAAAAAUGCAAACAUUUCCAUCAUUAUACACAAACAUGGUAGAUUGUUUCAAAAAAACAUAUAUUCAAGAUGGAAUUUGUAGAGGCCUGUAUGCUGGAACCAUUCCUGCUUUAGCAACAAAUGUGGUGGAAAACUCUGUUUUAUUUUUAUGCUAUGGCUUCUGCCAAAAAAUUAUUAUCAAUAUGACAGGUGCUAAUUCAGCAGAAGACCUGACUGUUCUCGCCAAUGCUUGGGCCGGAUUUUUAGCUUCAUUUUUUUCUUCAGUAGCCAUAACCCCUACAGAAUUAAUAAAAUGCAAACUUCAAGCGAUGCAUGAAGUCAACAAUCAAGCCGUAAGUCGAGGACUUACGCCACCUAAGUAUAUAAGCCCUCUAGGCUUGACUCGUGAGAUUGCUAGAAAUGAGGGCGUUCGAGGUUUAUUUAGAGGAUUAGUUCCUACACUAGCCAGAGAAAUGCCUGGUUACUUCUUUUUUUUUGGGGGUUAUGAAGGAACUAGAGAUCUUUUACGCAAACCUGAUCAGAAAAAAGAAGACAUUGGGCUUCUAAGAACGAUGGUUGCCGGAGGAGUGGGAGGAGGAGUAUUUUGGAUUACCACAUUUCCAUUUGAUGUUGCCAAAUCUAGGAUACAAGUUAAUAACAUUAGUGACAAUUUAAUAAAGACACUAUCACAUAUAGUAAAAAAUGAAGGCAUUUCUGCUCUUUAUAAAGGUCUUACGCCUACGUUAGUUAGGACUAUACCCGCUACUGCCACAUUAUUCGCUACAGUCGAGUAUUCUAAAAGACUUUUUAAUUUUUUGUUUUAAUAUUAACUGACCUGGUCAUUAAUUAAACUGUCGUGUUUUUUUGUGAAGAAAUGUAGCAGGAUUGCAUAAUUAUUGAAAACAAUAGUUCCAUUUUAGUGCCCCGCAAUUGUUUACUCGUUACUUUUAAAAAAUAACUAAUUUUUGUUAAUCCAUUUUUAUUAAAAUCCAUUUUUAUGAA